AAUGGAUGGAACUGGAGAACAUCAUUCUGAGUGAGAACACUUAUUUAACGAAGUUUGCUGCAAAAGAACUUAAUAAGAAUGCCAAGAAAUGUGAUAAAGAAGAAACGACUGAAAAGGCCAACAUUAAGAAGGCCAUUCAGAAAGGCAGUACAGAAGUUGCAAGAAUACAUGCUGAAAAUGCAAUCCGUCAGAAAAACCAAGCAAUCAAUUUCUUGAGAAUGAGUACUAAGAUUGAUGCUGUGGCAGCCAGAGUUCAAACAGCAGUAACAAUGGGCAAGGUAACAAAGUCCAUGACAGAUGUAGUUAAGUCUAUGGAUGCAACAUUGAAGAGUUUGAACCUUCAAAAGAUUUCUGCCUUAAUGGACAAAUUUGAACAACAGUUUGAAACACUGGAUGUUCAAACACAACAAAUGGAAGAUACAAUGAGUAGUACUACAGCCCUAACAACACCACAAAGCCAAGUAGAUAUGCUACUUCAAGAAAUGGCAGAUGAAGCUGGCCUUGAUCUCAAUAUGGAACUACCACAAGGUCAGACAGGUUCUGUUGGCACAAGUGUUGCUUCUAUGGAGCAGGAUGAACUAUCACAGAGUCUUACUUGUCUUCGUGAUCAAGUAUAACAUAAAGAACUGGUGCUUCUGUUUCCUUCACUUGCUUCUGAAACAUUCUUUGUGUGUAUAUAUAUAUAGGAUUUGAAUUCUAAAUGACUGGUCUAAA